GCAUACGGCAGCCAAUCAGCGUCCAGCCCCGCCCCCAGUGCGCCCCCUUUAAGAAGGGAGACAAGUGUCCCAGGGGAGGCAAUCGGUUACUACGGUAAAGUGAAAUAACUCGAGGAGCGAGCGCGGGGGACGAAAAAAGUGAAUUGACUUUCGGAGUGUAUACACAGUUGCUUAUACGUUUGGACACUUUCUCUUUCUCUUAACACGAAGCCACCAAUUAGUGAUUACGGACAGAAUCACCCUACCAAGCGGAGAAGGAUCAUUCGUGAGCUUUCACAGCCUGCAGACAUUUAAUUUUGAGCUAACCAUAGUAUAAACUGAUAGCAUGCUAUUAAGUUUAUGUAUUACAGUUACGUGUAGAACGACAACCGAAGGACUACGACACCACUACUCGGAUUAAAUGACUCGCUAAAAAGACAUCACCGCUUCCACAACCACCAACUACAGCACACAAAAGACGCCAACGUAGAUAAAAAUGGUGAACAUAACAGAAGUUUUGGCUAAGACCCACGCCGCACUCCUCACGGAUAGCAGCAACGGUUCAACAGGCGGCGGUGUGCCAGGGAUGGGCUCCACAAACCACACCACGGACCUCUUUUUGACCACCACAGCAGCUGCAGCCAUGCCCCCAGGGCGCCCCGCCGGACCGCCUGAGUACGUCCUCAACACCAUCUUUGUCUGCGAGCACGUCCUCAUGCCUAUCGUCUGCUGCCUCGGCAUCCUGGGCAAUGGACUGAGUCUGUGCGUGCUGACGCGGCGGGAGAUGGCAGCUGCCACCACCUGCUUCCUCACCGCCAUGGCCGUCUCCGAUCUGCUGCUGCUUGUCAUGCAGGUGCCUACCUUUUUCGGCCUCAACAGUGACAUCAAGAGCAGCAUGUCCUUUAAGCGGUUCAUCAGAUACUACGCAGUCAUAAGGUAUGUGAUGAGCAACGUGUUUAUCACCUGCACGGGUUGGCUCACAGUAGCAGUGACCACAGAACGCUUUAUCUCGCUGCGCUUCAUGUUCCACCCACGCCUCGUGUGCACCAUCCCGCGUGCCCGUGUGGCCAUCAUCGGCAUAUUUCUCUUCUCCUUCAUCUUUCACUUUUCCAAGUUCUUCGAGUACGUACCCAACCCAGACCUGUCGGCCCCAAACAUCCUGCUAACGACUCACCUGGUUCACACCCCGGCCUACGAGACAUACGUCCACAUCGCCAACAUCGCUCUGGCGGCCAUCAUACCCGUGUUCCUGCUCAUUGUCGCCAACUCCUUUCUCAUCUUCUUUUUGGCGACUCACCGCCGCCGUAUGUUGCGUCACAAAGCCUCCGCCUCCACCAACAUGACCUCAGUGGACAUGCUUCACGUGAGUGCUAUCGUGGUGGCCACAGUCCUCGUCUUCAUAGCCUGCCACUCCGUCGGCGUCGUCUUGGCGCUGACGAUCGCGUCAAAGGGCCGCCGCUGGGUGUUCGGACAGCCCGUGUACAUCGCCCUGAAGCACGUUAACACCGUGCUGGUCAUGGUCAACUCCAGCAUCAACUUCUUGCUCUACUGCGCCAUCAGUCGAAAGUUCCGCAAGACGUUUGUCUCAGUCUUCUACAAGCGCCUGAGCCGGCGGGACACCUGGACCUCGGCCAUGCCUCUCAGCGAGAACAGCACAGGCACCGCCGGACCUCCGCCCUCCACCAGGGUGGCCAACGGAAAAGUCUACAGCUCUUCCUCAAAGUCCGUCACUUCUAACGGCUCCUCCCACAGCGGCCACAGUAACGCCAUCAGAGCUGACGUGUAGCUGCUACAUCCGACACACUUAGGUGGUCAUUUGAAAACAGUCAAGAGGAAGGCUACAAAAGCAGAUACGCGGGUCUUCUGUUCACAAUACUAGAGUUCGCUCGUUUUGUUAAGACGCAGAUAGCCGUUAUUCAAAACGUUACAUUUCAUAAGUCCCCAUAUGUAAAGCACAGGUGCCUUUCUUUUCUGUAAAAUACGUCAAGGCAUAAUUUGUAAACAAUCUUAUUCAGAUAAGAACAGACAUUUUUGAUUUACGACUACCCGCGCCAUUUAGCAAAAUGUGUUUCAAAGAUUCUGAACGUUUCCCUUAUUUCAGGGAACGUUGAUGACAUCAUGACAAUAACGGGUUUCCGGGUGCCGGACACUUUUGAUUUUUACUUUGACCAAAGACCAAAGUGACGCAAAACUGCGACCAAACACCACAAUGACGUAAAAGCAGUGCACCGUUGUGUGUUGUUCUGACAACCACAAACUGGGCCCCAUGAAAAGCUAAAAAAACUGUUAAGACAAUGCUUUCUGAGGCCAGUGUGAUAUUCAGAGUGCCGUGUUGCCACAGACACAAGUCUAACACAACCCCAAGGGGUCCGCCGACCUCGCUCGGAAGUCUCAAGAACACAAAGUUCAAAUUCCCCACGAACUUAAAAUCGUGGGGGGACAUUGAAAAGGCAGGUCGAUCAUUGACCCAAGCUCCGGUGGCCAGAAACCAAUGAAAGCCAAGAUGGAGGUGGAAGUCGACAAAACGUGGGUGUGAAAAAAAGGGGGGGGGGGUGGCAAAGAAGAUACUGGGCAAUGAAAGAAAGUGCAGCAAGGAAACAGCCGUAGAAGGAUCGAAAAGAAACGGGAGAGUGGAUUGGGGAGGGGGGGACUAGGGCAGAGAAGGGAGUUAGUAAUGGAAAGGAAGAGCAGCAAGAAAAAGGUUGGGAUGGGGUGGAUUUUAAAAAAACGGGGGAGGGGAAGGAGGAUGGGAGGGGGGGUGUGGGGGGGGGGGGACAAGGGCCAGAGAGUUGCCCACCAUCCUAAGAAAAAGAGCUACCCCAUUAAUUAAAAUGUUGACUUCUUUCCUAACGCAACCGAGUUACAUAUGAGCGUUUGUUAUUCCUUAAUGCUAUCACAACAUUGAGCACGUCGUUAGUCAUUAUCUGCACUACGUGUUUGUCUCGCUGCUUUGUCCCUUCAUGUUUGUUACAGCCCGAUUUGAGCCAACUGACUAAUAAGAAUGAUAGAAUAAGUUUUACGUUGAAGAAAUAUCACUCAUGCCUGUGGCAUGUUAUAAACUACCCCGUUUGUCUGCCCAGUAAGAAAAGUCUCAUUUGCAUUAAGUUCAGAAUGUUGAAGCAUUCCUCACGAACCUAGGUAGAAGUUUCGCACAACGACUUUAACCAAUUCCGCGAGCUUAGAGCCUAGAGACAAGAGGUGAACGACACAUGUAAAACGCGGUUUUGACAAUGGGUAUACGGUUUCGACAAUGGGUAUAUUUAGUGCUUGAAAAAUGCAAAUAUGCAGGCAGACGCUUCAGUUGAACAGAAAGGAAGUAAAGCCUGCUGCUGAUGCCCUUCUUACCAUUUACCCAAUUUAGAGUACCAUUAUUACAAAGAAAAUUGGUAAUUUCGGAAUAUUUAAUUUAUUUUUCUAUAUUGUAUGUGAAGGUCUGUUCACGCAGGUUUUCAAACAGCGUUUUAUCGAAACGACAAUCAAUACAUCUGUUCCAUUUGAUUUGUUUUGGGGUUUUUUGUUUGUUUUUGGGUUUGUUAGUUUUGCUUUCUUUCUUUCUUCCUUCCUUCCUUUCUUGCUUCUUUCUUUCUGUUUUUAUUCUUGAUUUUGGGAUACUGUGUCAUGUCGCACUUCCAAGGUGAAAUUAUUCGAAGUUCGUGAAGACUAGAACGCAGACUUUAUAUUAUCAAUAACUGUAAGUCUUUGGUUGUUUUGUUUCCGUAGUUCUGAUUGUUAUAUUUUCCAUUUUAUUUUAAAUAUUGGUCAUACGAAAUGUGCAUACCACAUGCUGAAGAAUGUAUAACAUGCUAUAAAGUCCAUUGAUCUUUUCAUGUCUUUUUUUUUUUUUUUCUAUCUGUUUGUCACCGUUGUUGUUGUCAUUUUUCGGUGGCAGCUGUGGUCAAGGUGGAUGCAAUUAUUCAAGUUUUCUGUCCUUAUCCUUCAGCUGCUUCAAGAUGUAACUAUACCGCAUAUUCCA